UUUCCUAGUUCCGAUGCGGUACUGUAGUGAAGCUGACAAGCUGGUGGCUUUGUGUCACACACACACACGCCCCGGCAAUCAAGUGCCCAAUUCACCAAAGAGAUGGGGCCGUCUCAAUGAAAGAAGCCAUGAGGUCAUCUCAGCAAAGACAAGCUUGGAUCAAGGUGUUGCUGGUGGCACAUUUUCUUGGUGCAGCGGCUGACUUUGACACCCCUUCAGUAGACUGUGAUGAUUCUGGGCUUGGCUUAGUGCAGGUGCAGGCCCAAUAUCGCAGGGAUGCAGAGCUGGGUCAGAGUAUGACCAGCGCUGGAAUUGAAGUUGCGACUAAAUCCGGAAGCUUUCAAUUCUGGCAAGGUGUACGGGAGACUGGGACCACCUGUAUGUUCCAUGGCUGCCCUGAAAGAUUUGGAUCUGUUGAAUGCCACCAUUGGCGGUGUGUUUGCAAAGAGGGCUUCCGGUACUAUCCUGUGGACGACGGCACAUGCAUAGCCCAGGACUCUACACAAGCUCGGCAAUUCACAAAUGGCACUUGCUUCAUCUCCAAGUGUCCAUACAAAUAUGGACUCACCCGGUGUUUGGGUCAUCGGUGCUUGUGCUUGGAGGGUUUUGAAGUUCGAGAAGGAGCCUACCAUGGGCAGCAAGUUUUUGUAGCUGAUGUUGGGUCCCCUGGCAUUUGAAUAUCUUGGAACCUGACAGAGGCGUUUGCUCCAAAGUGUUUUCUUGAAGCCGAGCUAUGAGGUUGUGCGGCGCAGACGGCGCUAGAGUCCGCUAGACUGUUGAGCACUUUGCAGGGCGUGAAUGCUUUGCACAUAAGUUGGCAAAGGUCAUGAAAUUGGGAGCCUGCUGAAUGCGCUCCCAUUGGUUUCACUUGUGGCACUCCAGCUCAAAGCUCGAGUGAACCUGUGAAUCUUAAGCAAAGACUUUAGAAAGGUAGGUGAGCAUUCUGCUGGCUGAGAUGCAACUUGCUCACUGAAUCCUGAAUGCAGCAGAUGUAGCACUCAGACAAACAAUGCAAUGCAAAAGAAGGC